AAAACUAGAUUUCUAAAACAUCGACUCUGUUUAACAUAUCAGAAAAUACGAACACGAGCUCUUUGCGUACAUCUGCCAGAAAGCUCAUGAUUUGUUUAAAGUAAUGGCAUUUGCGACAAAAAGUAUACGACACUUAUACAAAAUAUACAAUGCAAAUACAACAACGAUAUACUCAGCACUUCGUCUACCAAUCGCUCGGAUAUCAGUUGUUCAAAUGGCGCAAAGACAUUAUUAUAACACUGAAGCACAUAGACCAAAAAUAACAGGUAGUCUGACAAAUAUUCAAUCGUCUGGAGGAACUGUGCAAUCUUUAACGCAAGAUGGAUUAGAUAAUAAAAAGUUAGAAGAAGAAGCAAAAGAAGAAGCAGAAGAAAAAGAAAAACGAGAACAAUCACAAAGAGUGCUUAAAUAUAGUUUUGCAUUCUUGGGAGUAUUUACCACUGUUGGACUGUCUUAUGUAAUAUAUAAUUUAACGAAAGCUAAAUAUGAUGAACAUGGAAAUAUUAUUGAAGAUGAAUUUUCAAAUUUACCAUUUUAUGAAAGAAUAUAUAAAAUGCUUAAAAGGGAAUUUAAUUAUUAUACUAAGAUGGUUCAAGAACCUAGUAGAAAUAAAUUACUUCCAGAUCCACUUAAAUAUCCUUAUAUUCAACCCCCUUAUACUUUGGUGCUAGAAUUGACAGAUGUAUUAGUACAUCCUGAUUGGACAUAUGAAACUGGUUGGAGAUUUAAAAAAAGGCCUGGUGUGGAUCAAUUUCUAGAGGCUAUAGCUCCACCACAAUUUGAAAUUGUAGUUUAUACAGCAGAACAAGGAAUGACUGUUUUUCCUAUCUUGGAUAUUUUGGAUCCUAAUGGAUAUAUCAUGUAUAGAUUAGUAAGAGAUACAACACGUUUUGUAGAUGGUCACCAUGUUAAGGAUUUAAAUGCUCUUAAUCGUGAUCUUAGUAAAGUUAUAGUAGUUGAUUGGAAUCCAAAAAGUACAAAAUUUCAUCCUGAGAACACUUUACAAUUACCACAAUGGAUUGGAAACGAUGAUGAUACAACGCUAUAUGAUUUAGCUGCAUUCCUUAAAACUAUAUUAGCGACAAAUGUGGAAGAUGUACGAGAAGUUCUUAAUUAUUAUAGACAAUUUGAUAAUCCAUUACAAGUUUUUAGAGAAAACCAACGAAAAUUUUUGAUGCAAAUAGAAGAAGAGGAAAAUAAAGCACAGCAAGAAAGUAGUAAGGUACUUACAUCAAAAUGGAAACCAACAUUUCAUUGGAAUCGCUAAAUCACUAAAAAAAUGCAAUGUUGUAAAAUACAAAAAUUUGUAAAUUAUCAUUAACAUAUUCGUUCAUUUUGUCGAUACAUAUUGUGUAAUUAUUGUAUAAUUUUUGCUAUAAAUAAAUAAACAAGUAAUUCAUAUGUCGAAA